AUGGCCAAAAAGACAAAAUCCCAAAAGGCCAACGGCAAUGGCGCUGUAAAGGCCAAGCAGCCAAAGGAUGACCUCAUCAUGACGAUAGAUAGUGACUCAGAAAACGAGGCACCCGUUGAGGAGCCUUCCGAUGAGGAGGAGGAAGAGAAGCCCAAGGACGACGAAAACAAGGAGCACGACGACAUCAACCCCAAUUUCCAAUUUUCCCUUGACGGUUUUGAGACGACAAACACCGCGGACGGAUGGGAUUUCCGUGUGGCGGAGGAGAAGACCGAAAACAAGAGGAAGGACGUGAACUUGGACGAUAUCUUAAGAUCCAAGGGUGGACUUACAGGACUUGUUGGGGGUGAAGAGGCCGAGGAGGAGGUUGAAGAGGAAGAUGAGGAUGAAGAUGAGGAGGUCGAGGAGGACGACGACGAGUUGGCAUUGGACGGUUUUGGUAUGAAUGCACAGAGUGAGGAUGAAGAGGAAGAAGAGGAGGAACAAGUUGAAGAGGAAGAGGAGGAGCCUGCUUCGGAUGAUGAAGAUUCCGAAGACGAAGAUAAAGACUCCGCCGAGGCGAUUGCCAAAUUCUACGAAAAAGCAGAAGAGUCCCAGACCCACACCACUUUCCAAACCCUUGAUCUUUCUCGUCCCGUGCUCAAAGGUCUUGCCAACUUGGGCUACACAAAACCAUCUCCCAUCCAAUCGGCCUCCAUCCCUAUUGCCCUCAUGGGUAAGGACAUUGUGGCUGGUGCCGUGACUGGUUCUGGUAAAACCGCCGCUUACAUGAUCCCGGUGAUCGAGCGUCUUCUCUUCAAGCCUACCAAAGUGGCGUCCACCAGGGUAAUUAUUUUGACGCCCACCAGAGAAUUGGCCAUUCAGGUUUGCGACGUGGGUAAGAAAAUUGGCCGUUUCAUCAACAACUUGUCGCUUGGAUUGGCAGUUGGUGGUUUGAAUUUGCGUCAGCAGGAGCAGCAGUUGAAAACGAGACCUGACAUUGUUGUUGCCACGCCUGGUCGUCUUAUUGACCAUAUCCGUAACUCUGCGUCCUUUUCCUUGGACGCCUUGGAGAUUUUGAUUAUGGACGAGGCCGAUAGAAUGUUGGAGGAGGGUUUCCAGGCUGAAUUGACGGAAAUCUUGACCUUGAUCCCCAAGCACCAGAGACAAACCAUGUUGUUUUCCGCCACGAUGAACACGAAAAUCCAGGACUUGAUCCAGUUGUCGUUGAACAAGCCCGUGAGAAUCAUGAUCGAUCCUCCUAAGGCUGCUGCCACCAAGUUGGUGCAAGAGUUUGUGCGUAUCAGAAAGAAGGAGGAGAUGAAACCGGCGCUUUUGUUCCAUUUGCUUAAACUUUUGGACCCUGCCCAGCAGAACCGUACUGUUGUGUUCGUUUCUCGUAAAGAGACCGCCCACAAGCUCAGAAUCAUUCUUGGUUUGCUCGGUAUGAAGGUUUCCGAAUUGCAUGGCUCGCUUUCCCAGGAACAGCGUCUUAACAACGUGAGCGAUUUCAAGAACUUGACGGUGCCUGUGCUUAUCUGUACGGAUUUGGCUGCUCGUGGUUUGGAUAUUCCCAAGAUCGAGAUGGUGGUCAAUUACGACAUGCCCAAGACUCACGAGAUCUACUUGCACAGAGUCGGAAGAACCGCCAGAGCAGGCAGAGAAGGUCGCUCUAUCACAUUCGUUGGUGAGGCUACUGCUGACAGAAAUAUCGUCAAGGCUGCUAUCAAGUCGUUGGAGAACGAUGGAAAGAAAAACGGCAAGGCUGUCUCCAGAAACGUGGAGUGGGACGAGGUUGAAAAAGUCCAGAAAGUCGUUGAAGAAAAGAAAGACGUGGUGGACGAGGUUUUGGCAGAGGAGAAGCUGCAAAAAGAGCUUUUGACUGCGGAGAUGGAGUUGGCCAAAGCAGACAACCUCAUGAAGCACGGAAAAGAAAUCCAGCUGAGGCCCAAGAGAACGUGGUUUGAGACCGAGGCCGAAAAGAGAAAGCACCAGUCGGAGGCCAUGCAGCAGCUCACAAAGAACAAGCACAAUCUUAAUGCUAAAAAGAGAAAGCAGAAAGAAGGAAAAGAAGACGGCGGUCGGAGCUGGAAAAAGACAAAGACCGUCAGAAUGGCCGGCCAGGGCAAGCCCAGAAACAGCGGCAGCGGCAAGAAGAACAAGAAGAAGCACUGA